GCCGCACUUUCUUCAUUCUCUUCCCAACCCACAAAACCUCCAAGAAAGUCUGCACUUUCUUCUUCGGCAGCAAUGGCCAAUCGUCAACUGUUUCUUUCUCUCCUCUCUCUCUGUCUUCUUUUCAGUUCAGGUGUAAUGUCUGCAAAGUUCACUCUCGUCAACCAGUGCAGCUACACAGUAUGGCCGGGUAUACUCUCCGGCGCCGGAACACCCCAACUCUCCACCACCGGCUUUGCCCUCCAACCCGGCCAAUCAAAUUCCAUACCUGUCCCACCCUCCUGGUCCGGCCGUUUAUGGGGUCGCACUCUUUGUAACCAAGACCCCACCGGAAAGUUCACGUGCGUCACCGGCGAUUGCGGCUCCGGAACAUUAGAAUGUGCCGGUGCCGGAGCUGUCCCGCCUGCUACACUGGCCGAGUUCACAUUGAAUGGUGCAGGAGGUCUCGACUUCUAUGACGUGAGCCUAGUGGACGGAUACAAUCUACCCAUGUUAGUGGUCCCACAGGGUGGGUCUGGCGGGAACUGCACCGCCACCGGUUGUGUCGUUGAGCUGAACGGCGCGUGCCCAUCAGAACUGAAAGUGACCAACAGUGUUGAUGGGGGAGAGAUUGUGGCGUGUAAGAGUGCGUGUGAGGCUUUUGGGGAUCCGAAGUACUGCUGUAGUGGUGCGUACGCGACGCCUGAUACGUGUAAGCCGAGUUCCUACUCGCAGUAUUUUAAAAAUGCGUGCCCACGCGCUUACAGCUAUGCUUACGAUGAUGGGACCAGUACGUUUACUUGUGCCUCCGCAGAUUACAUCAUCAGCUUCUGCCCGAUUCCGGCUGCCAGUCAGAAAUCAUCCGGAGGGCAAUUACCGGUGACAAGCAACGUCUCAUAUUCCUCAAGCGCUACUGCCAAUCUCAGCCACACGUCACUUCACUUCAUCGCCAUUUUAGCGGCGAUUUGGCAAUUAUUGUAGCUGUUCUCAAUGCCUGUAACGUUUGCGCUCUCUCUCUCCCUUUCUCACUGCCGCUAUUGGGCAUUGGUUUCCCCUACUAGGACCUGGGCCUACUUGAGUUUUCCGGAAGAACGGCCCAAUGAAUGACAACCGGCGGCCUGCAUUUUUGCCACCAAAUCCGACGUGGAAUUUUGAUGCUGAUUUUUAAAUUUUACGAAAAUUACAAAUUAAAAGAGGAAGAAGCAUAAGCAAUUAAGCAUCAUUCUUCACGCCUGACCUGGGAGAGAGGGUUAGACGGCACACU